CUGAAGAUUCAACAUGACCAACUACGCAACUCUACUCGUCGUAAUUGCAGUAAGCUUCAGCUUGUCCGAAGCAAAAGUGUUCGAGAGGUGUGAAUUCGCCCACCAGCUCUUGAAGUACGGCAUUCCCAAGUGGCAGAUUCCAACAUGGACGUGCAUCGCUCAACACGAGUCAAAUUUCGACACAUCUCAAAUCAAUCACUCCAGCGGCGACCAUGGUAUCCUCCAGAUAAGCGAAAUUUACUGGUGUACUGCUCAUGGAGGCCCAGGAAAGGCGUGCAAGAAGACCUGUGCUGACUUCAGGAACGACUACUUGGGUGAUGACAUUGCCUGUGCCAAGACUAUCUACGAGGAACAUCAGAGACUGUCAGGCAACGGCUUCAAUGCCUGGGUUGCUUACCGUAAUCACUGCACUGGAGAUAACUCACAUCACGUUCAAGGCUGUUUUAUAAAAAAAGAACUAGAUGGAGAAGAGCCAAGGCUCCACGACUGUCAGUUGCAACCACUUAAACGAAGAAUCAAGAUGGUCGGUUACGCAACUCUACUUGUCAUUAUCGCAGUUGGCUUCCGCUUGUCCGAAGCAAAGGUGUACGGCAGGUGUGAAUUCGCUCGUCAGCUCCUGAAGUACGGUAUCCCGAAGUCGCAAAUUCCCACCUGGACCUGCAUCGCCCAGCACGAGUCAGAUUUCGACACUUCUCAAAUCAAUCACUCUACCGGUGACCAUGGUAUCCUCCAGAUAAGCGAGAUUUACUGGUGCACUGCACGCGGAGGUCCAGGAAAGGCGUGCAAGAAGACCUGUGCUGACUUCAGGAAUGAUUACUUGGGUGAUGACAUCGCCUGUGCCAAAACUAUCUACCAGGAACAUCAAAGGUUGUCUGGAAACGGUUUCAACGCCUGGGUAGCCUAUCGCAAUCACUGCACUGGAGAUAACAAGCGUUAUGUAAAAGGCUCAUUCAACAUGGUCAGCUACACAACCCUACUUGUCAUUAUCACAGUGGGCUUCAGCUUGUCUGAAGCGAAGGUGUACGGCAAAUGUGAAUUUGCUCAUCAGCUGCUGAAAUACGGCGUUCCAAAGUGGCAGAUUCCCACCUGGACCUGCAUCGCUCAACACGAGUCAAAUUUCGACACUUCCCAAAUCAAUCACUCCAGCGGCGACCAUGGUAUCCUCCAGAUAAGCGAGAUUUACUGGUGUACUGCACACGGAGGUCCAGGAAAGGCGUGCAAGAAGACCUGUGCUGACUUCAGGAACGACUACUUGGGUGAUGACAUUGCCUGUGCCAAGACUAUCUACGAGGAACAUCAGAGACUGUCAGGCAACGGCUUCAAUGCCUGGGUUGCUUACCGUAAUCACUGCACUGGAGACAACUCACAUUAUGUGCAAGGCUGCUUCUAGCUUAAAACAUAACACACUUAUUUGUCCUUACUAAUUUAAUUUCAAAAAUUUUUUUUUGUAUUUACA